AAAAUCAUUAGAGAAUCAACUUAAAAUAAAUAAAUUGCACAAUGAAAUAUUUAUCAAUUUUUAUGUUAAUAAUGACCAUAAAAAUAAGCUUAUGUCAUUUUGGACAAUAUUUAAAUUGCUCACAUUCUCGUUAUUUUUUAAACUUUUUUAACCAUAAUGAAAGAUUUUUGUUACAAUUCGAAAAAAAUGAAGAACAUUUAACUAUAGAAAAUCUUAUGAACUAUGGUAAAGCACUUCAGACACACAGUAAAGUAAUUAUGAUAUUUUUAGAUGACUUGAUAACCAAUUGUGGAUCUUUGUUUCCUUUUGGUUUGAUCUCAGUAAAUAUGUACUUAAAUAACGUUUCUGACUCAUUAAAUAUGAUUGCACAAAAUGAUGAUGAAAAAAAUGACGCUCGAAAAUUAUUAGAAGGCUAUAAGAUUAUACAUUUUGCAGUUAAAGAACAACUAACAUAUUACAUAAAUAAAUAUUGUAAUAACAUACCAUCUAAUGAUAAUAUGGUUAGAUGCAAUCCUCCAAUCAUUGAAAACGAAUAUAAUACUACUAAUCUAAUAAAUAUAAAUAACGAUCUCAAGGAUAAAAUACUAACGAAGUUUAAAUUUACAGUAGAAAGGAAUUCGUAUGAAAAUUUUCAUUCCAAAUACUUUUUGUUUUACGAUAUAAUGACCCAACAAAAUCUCAACAAUGAAAAUAAUAUUAUAAAAAUAGAUAAUAGUCAACGCAUAGUAUUAAAUCUACUUCGAUUUACUCCACUUAACGUUAAAUGCACUAAUGGUACUCAUUUAACUAUACAAGAUAUAUUUGAGUAUAUGAAAUAUGAUUUUAAUUCCAAUGAUGUGUUACCAUACAUAAAGAUGGUAAUUGGGGCUACAUUUCGACCAAUAGCUAUUCUAAUUCGUAACUUUUUAACCUUAAUUCAAGUUGCGUCUUCAGAAAAUUCAGAUCAUGUAAAAUUUUGGUUAAAAUCAAAUUUUAUUGACAUCGGUCAAAAAAUAAUGAAUUAUGUAAAAGAAUUCAUUUCUCUCUCCAUAUACAAUAAUAAACUGAUAUAUUUUUUAUACGACAUCUUAAAUAAAUUUGUUAAUGCCUUAAAUAAUUAUAUUGAAAAAAAAAAGUUAUCCAAAUUUGAUAUUAUACUUAAUAAUAUAUUGAUUGAAAAACUUUCGAAUUUCUUCAUUAAAACCAAAUUGUACUUUUCAAGUAAUAUAGUUCUAACUAAUAAAAUUAUUACUGAAAAUAAUGCUGAUAAAAUUAAAAAUCAAUUAGUUCAAAUCAUUCAAAAAGUUGAAAUAUAUAUGAACGAUUUGAAAAAAUGGAAUGAAUAUUUUAAAUCUAUAGUAAAAAAUCUUAAUAUUCGUUAUUUUAAUGUUUCAAUUUUUAAGAAAUUUAUUGGUUUUAAAGUUAUAGAUCGUAUUUGUAAUACUGAAUCACAUUCUGAAAUAUACAAUGUUAGUAAGAAUAAUAUAAAUAAAAUUGAAAUAGGAUAUUAUGAAGAUGUGCAAAAUGUAAAAUAUGAUGUUACAGAAUUUGAAUUAAAGAAUCUAAAAGAUGAAAACGAUGAACCUGACAUUGAUACAAAUAUUACAUUUGAGUAUCAUACAAAUUAUGAACCUCUUUAUAUGAUUGAUUAUUGGCCUUAUAAUGAGUAAAGUGAGAUGUUUGAAAUAUUGUUAUUAGAAUGAAUACUGUACAUUGUAAAUACUUAUUUGCAAAGCUUUAUUAUUUUUCCCCAUUUUAGCAUUACAAGAUGAAUCUAUGAGAUAAUCACUUUGUUUCUCUUAAAAUUGUAAUUAUAUUAAGAAAAUUAUAUUUGUUAUUUUACCUUACAAAAUAUAAUAUAUUAAAGUUUUAUAACUGUAAGUUUAUCAAAGUAUGUGUAAAUGUGAAAAACUAAAAAAAACCCCAAUUUGGUCAAACUUCAACACGCAAGGUGGUACGGGAACGAGGUUGUUUGAUCGAGUCCAAAUUUUUACAUUUUAAUUAUUCUUUUUCAAGUAAAAAAAUAAGGGGAUGACAUGAUCAAAUAUCUAAAAAAAAUCUUUUUCUAUGGUUUGAAUUACCCUAAAAUAUCAUGUAUAUAUAAGUAUUAUUUAUGAAAAUAAAAAUCGUAAAUUUUUAUAAAUUUAUUUUAAGAUAAGUCAUUUAAAACAUAAAUAAUGCAAUGGGUAAAAGUGACGUUUUUUUCAAAUUUCUAAAAAAUUAUGGCUAAAAUUUUAUUUUCCGUAAACUAUGAAAAAAAAACGGUAGCACAGUGGGGUCGAGGCACAGUGUGGACGAGGCAUAGAUGUGACAAUUAUAGAUGAUAUCUGACAGUGAUUAAAAUCACUAUCAUAAGAAACACUUCGAUACAAAUCUGUAGAUAGUGUUUCAUUUAGAGAAAUUGGUGGAUUAUUCCAAAAGCAACAUCAACUCUUAUUUCUUUGAUUAUAUCUUAAUUAGUAGAUCUUUGAUUUUAAAAUAUAAUAUAAGAAUA